AUGACGAGAACUCCUGUUUAUUUCCUCAGCCAUGGAGGUCCAAAUAUCAUGUAUGAGAAAGACUAUCCGGUCUACCCUACGCUCCAGAAAAUCGGAAAGGAAAUCACGCAGAAAGUCAAGCCAAAAGCCAUAGUAGUCUUCUCAGCACAUUGGCAAGGUGAACCAAAUGUCAUCGAAAUCAACACAUCGGAGAACACCGAACUCAUCUACGACUUCUACGGCUUCCCAGCCAAUUACUACAAAGAGACAUUCCCCAACAAAGGUUCCCCAGAAGUCGCCCAAAAAGUGACUGAUGCUCUGACCAAAGCUGGCAUCAAGACUCAGGGCCUUCGUCGAGGCCUCGACCACGGUGUUUGGGCCUCAUUCAAGGUAGCUUUCAACGAGGAAACGAACCCUCUUACAGUACCCGUCGUCCAAGUCUCCCUCUACGCAAACGAAGAUCCAGCUAAGCAUAUCGCGCUCGGCAAAGCUGUUCAAUCCCUCCGCGACGAGAACAUCUGUCUCAUUAUGUCAGGAAUGGCCGUUCACAAUCUGAGAGAUAUGAGAUUUGGCAUGAACGGCGUACAACCUUACGCCAAGAGCUUUGAUGAAGCGUUAAGAGCAGCUGUUGAAGCACCAAUUGAAGAGAGAGAUGGAAAACUGAUUAAGCUGCUGUGGAGAAAAGAUGCAAGACCAGCGCAUCCAACCUUUGAACAUUUGUUGCCCAUCCAUAUGGGUGCUGGCGCUGCUGGCGGUGAUAGAGGAAAGAGACUGUGGACGCUAGCUGAGGGAAGCUUCAGUUGGGCGCAGUUCAGGUUUGGAGAUGUGCCCGCUGAGGCGUGA